AUGCCCAUCAAAAACCCAAGUCUGGGCUGGGAAAAAUUACAGGAUGUGCUCUAUAGGGACAGAGAUUUGUGCCAGCUGCAAUUCCCUGUGAAUACUGAGAAUAAAGUGGUAUUUUCUACAGGUUUAGUAGCUGUGGCCGCAGGUGAUGGUAGCAUUGAAGUGUGUCAGUAUACGGGACAAAGCAUUGCCAAGAUUGACGUCAAGUCGCUGCCCGCUGAAGUAGUACAAUAUGAGUUUGACACUGAAGAUGAGGGAUCCAUGGUGAUCGCUAUGACUGACCGGAUAAGGGUAUAUUUUAACUGGGUUCCUCUGCAAUUCCAGGAUUAUCUGUUGCCCGACGAGGUUGAAGAUACGAUAUGGGACUACAAAAACCGAAGUGCCGUACUUUUGUCAUCGCAGGAUCUGUACCAUUUCGAUGGCAUGGAACUGGUCAGAGUAUGCGAAAACAAAGAGCACUUUACGCUUCUGACCAAAAAUCACUGGCAUUCAAAUAGAGAUUUAGUAGUACUGCUUGAUGUGGACGAUAUCUUUCAUUUCGAUUUGCGGUCAAAACGGCUCGUCAAGGAAGCAGCCAAUGAGUCGUGGCAUUCCGUCUUAAUAUCACCACAGAGCUUUGUGUGCCUGUACAAUGCCAAGUCCUACGAAAUCAAAAUAUACAAACACGACACAGUUCGACUGAUGGAAUUCAAGCUAGACUCGCAUCCAAGCUUGAUCGCAUGGUGUGGUGAUGACACAAUAGCUUGCUGCUUCACCGAAGAGGAGAUAAAGCUUUAUGGGCCAGACUCGUGCAGCAUUGCCUUUUGGUAUCCAGAAGAAUUGGUCACGAUUCAAACCGAUGCACACGGCCUGAGAGUAGUCACCAAAGAGCGGGUACGGUUGAUCUCGAAAGUGAGCCAUCAAACCGCAAAUGUGUUUUUAAUGGGCUCAACUGAGCCGGGUUCCAUUCUCUUAGACUCAGUAAGUCUUCUCUCUACACAAGCACCACGAGCGGUGGAAAAUCUGAAAAUCAUAAAUCUCGAUCAAGGUGUUGCAGAAUGCCUGGAUGCCGCCAGAGAUGAACUCGAGCCGUAUUGGCAAAAAAAGCUACUAUCAGCAGCUGUUUUUGGUAAAAGCUCACUGUCAAAAGAGGCCCAGAGGUCAGAUCAAUUUGUUGACACAUGCGAUAAACUUAGAGUGCUCAACAUGCUUACGGAAAGCGGUAUUAUACUUACUGUGAAUCGGCUCGAGUCACUUGGAAUUGAUGUUUUGUUGAACCUACUCAUGAAGACCGGGAAAUUCUACGAGUGUAUCUCUGUUUGUCACUUUCUCAAGCUCAAAAACAAACUUCCCAAGGUAUUUGCUUCGUGGGGCAAGGCCAAGAUCAUCUCUUCUUCUGACUUGGAAGACAAAGUCAUAUUCAAUUCCAUUUUGAAACUAGCUGAUAGCUUGUCCGUCAAAUUACCAAUGGCCGAAGUUGGAAUGGUAGCUUUCAGGGAAGGACGACCCACAUUGGCUAAAGAUCUCGUGGUUAAAGAAACGCUGCCCGAAAUCGAGUUUCCAGCGUUAUUCGACCUUGACGAACAUGAGCUUGCUUUGAAAAAGGCAAAGGACUACGGAAAUCCGGAAAUGACGCUAUCAGUACUGCUUAAACUACGUGAGCAACUAACUACAACCCAAUUCAUGAAACUCAUACUGCUUAUAAUGCGCGAUGAUCAGCUUUUCGCCUAUUACUGCAGAAAUGACAACUCAUUUCUGAUAGACUACUACCGCCAGUCUGAUCAGAUAGAUGAGCUCGCAUUUCAAUUAUUGAUCCAGGGUAAGAACAACAACACGCCUGGUGCCUUUUUACCUCAGGUAAGAGACCUGUACGCCCGCAUCGUCCAAGAUCCCCUAAUCAAACUCGAUCGAGACGUUCUUGAACGACAAAUUCAAUUGAAUGAGUUCCAAAAACAGUUGGAGCAGCUCCAUAAUGUGAGCUUCGUCGAUACAAGUCUGGACAACACCAUAAAGAAACUGAUAAUUCAUCGGCUCGACCGACCUCUAGCUUCCAUGCUAAAAAAGUUCAAAAUAUCAGAUCCAAAAUACUAUCAUAUCAAGUGCGGGGUUCUGGCGCAAGAGCAGAGAUUUGAAGAUCUCUAUAAAUUCUCGCAGGAGCGAAAGUCACCCAUUGGGUACCUACCCUUUUUUAAAUGCUGCCUGCAACAAAAGAAGAAAAAAGAGGCGGUGGUGUACGUUCGCAUGGUGUCUGGAAUAUCAUACGAGCAAAGAAAAGAAAUGUAUUUGAACUGCUCCGCUUUUCAGGAUGCAGUUCAAUUGGCUUCCAAGGAGAAAGACGUAUCGGGCUUGAAAGAGAUCUACAAGUUGGUGCCCGCCAAUGAACCCCAGCUCAGAGCUUUCAUAACAGAGACCAUGAAUAAAUUUUGA